AGCAAACAAAAAUGGCCAAUUUCUUUCUCUUAUUCGUCUUACUCCUCUCCCUCUUCCUACCCUAUACACUAUCAAAAUCCACCUACAUCGUUCAUGUGUCGAAAUCCCACAAGCCCGCCACCUUCUCCUCCUCCUCCUCCAAAGACUGGUACACCUCUAUCCUCAACUCUCUCUCCUCCGCUACCACUACCACCACCCCUAGCCUAUUAUACUCUUACACUCUCUCCUCUACUGGCUUCGCGGCACACCUCUCCACGGUGGAAGCAGCGGAGCUUCACCGUCACCCUGCUGUCCUUACCAUCAUCCCGGACAAAGCACACCACAUCCACACCACCCGUACCCCACACUUCUUGGGCCUCAAGGAAAGAUCCGGCCUCUGGCCUAAAUCUCAGUACGCUUCUGAUGUCAUCAUUGGUGUACUUGAUACUGGCAUAUGGCCUGAACUCCCUAGCUUCUCUGAUGAAGGGUAUGAUCAGGUGCCUGCCACCUGGAAAGGGUCUUGCGAGGUGGGCUCUGAUUUUCCUGCUAGCUCCUGUAAUCGGAAGAUCAUUGGCGCUCGUGCCUUCUACCAGGGGUACGAAGCAGCAAAAGGGCCAAUGAACGAGACAAAAGACUCGAAAUCACCUCGAGAUACCGAGGGGCAUGGAACUCACACGGCCUCAACAGCAGCUGGAUCAGUAGUUCCAAAUGCGGGACUAUUUGAUUAUGCUCGAGGAGAGGCCUGGGGGAUGGCUAUCAAGGCUCGCAUUGCAGCCUACAAAAUCUGCUGGAGUCUAGGAUGCUUUGAAUCCGAUAUACUGGCCGCCAUAGACCAGGCCAUUGCGGAUGGAGUACACGUGAUAUCGCUCUCUGUCGGAGGUAAAAAGGUGGCUCCAAGUUAUGACAAAGAUAACAUUGCUAUUGGUGGCCUACAUGCUGCACAGAGAGGUGUGUUGGUGUCUUGUUCAGCUGGAAACUCUGGGCCAAAGCCUUUUACUGCAGUGAAUAUUGCGCCGUGGAUUUUGACCGUUGGAGCAUCAACCAUUGAUAGAGAGUUCUCCGCAGUUGUGGAGUUGGGUGAUGGGAGGAGUUUCAAGGGUGCGUCUUUGUAUGCCGGAGAACCUUUAGAUGACAGUGUUUAUCUAAAGUUGGUUAAUGGAGCAGAUUGCGGCAGUAGAUUUUGCAUUGCAGGUGAACUGAAUUCAUCAAGAGCAGCAGGAAAAAUGGUGAUAUGUGACCGAGGAGGAGCAAACAGCCGAGUUGCCAAGGAUUAUGCAGUUAAACAAGCUGGUGGUGUGGGAAUGAUUCUGACUAACCUAGCAGAAAGUGGUGAAGAACUAUUAGCCAAUUCACAUAUUAUCCCCGCCACUUUGGUGGGUCAAAGUGCCGGGGACCAAAUCAAGGAUUAUGUUUCUUCAAACACUAAUCCAACAGCUACAAUCAAGUUCAAAGGAACCGUAAUAAGUCCCUCGCCAUCAGCCCCAAGGGUAGCUGCGUUUUCUUCCCGCGGCCCCAACAAUAUCACACCUGAAAUACUAAAGCCUGAUAUUAUUGCCCCUGGUGUUAACAUCCUUGCCGCUUGGACAGGUGCUGACACAAGAAAGGUGCGAUACAACAUUAUAUCUGGUACUUCUAUGGCUUGUCCACAUGUAAGUGGCUUAGCUGCUUUGCUAAAACAAACUUACCCUACUUGGACCCCUGCUGCUAUCAAAUCUGCAAUCAUGACUACGGCUUAUAACCUCGACAAUUCUGGUAAUAACAUCACUGAUCUCUCAGCACCUUUGAACAAAUCCUCCUUGUUUGUUACAGGAUCCGGCCAUAUUCACCCUAACAAGGCUCUCCAUCCUGGUCUAGUCUAUGAUCUAGAUACUAGUGACUAUGUGGCAUUUCUAUGUUCCAUUGGGUACGACUCCAGAAAGACUUCUCAAUUCGUCCAACACCCAACAACCAUUGAUUGCCGCACUUAUUAUAAGAGGUUCUCAACUCCUGGUCACUUGAAUUAUCCAUCCUUGCCUGUUGUGUUUAAAUCUGUUAACGACGUUGUAAGAUACACAAGGGUUGUCAAAAACGUUGAGAGAUCAAAGAAUGCAGUAUAUCGAGUUAGUGUGAGUGCACCAAGAUAUGUCAAAGUUAAAGUUUUUCCUAGAAAACUCGUCUUCAACGCCAAUAAACCAACAUUGUCCUAUACCAUAACUUUCACUAGCAUCGAUGGAAUUGUUAUUCCGACCAAUGGAUUAGCGACUUUCGGGUCAAUUGAAUGGACUGAUACAAGUCAUCGUGUAAGGAGCCCUAUUGCAGCUUAUUGGCCUUAUAGAACCGCCCAAGAAAACUUCGUAGCUUCAAUAUAACUCAUAUCACUACUCUUUUCAAGUUCACUACUCUUUUCAAGUUAAAAAUGAGUUUGGGUAUGUCAUAAUUCAUGAAUAACUAGCUUAGGUUAGCAGGUUACCAUUAUGAAUGAGUUAUGACUUAUGGUUGUUAGUUUGCUCCAUUAUAUGCUCCUAUUAUGCAUAAUUACUUUCUUCAUAAGCUCCUCUUGUUGAAAUAAAGUUUGUGUACCGGACUAUUGGGUAGAGUCUUAGAACGUGUAAUUUGGUUAUGGUGAUCAGACACGAGUCAGUUUUGUCAACUCUACCUACACAUACUAACUUAUUUGUUUUGCAUACCACUUAACAUUUAUAUGAAAUUGGACAGUACAAAGAGAAGCUUCUAGGUUU